CCAAUUUGAACCAUUUGUAUAUUGAAUAACUACAGUGCUAACUUUGGGUUUUGUGCGCUACCUUGUUGUGUUAUGGAUUCCUAUGAUGUUAUAACAAACCAGCCUGUAGUUAUAGAUAUAGGUACAGGUAUAUUGAAAGCAGGUUUCGCAGGUGAUCAAGUACCAAAGUACCGAUUUCCAAAUUAUAUUGGCCGUCCAAAACAUGUUAGAGUUAUGGCAGGUGCUCUUGAAGGUGAUGAUUUUAUUGGUCCUAAAGCAGAGGAACAUCGUGGUUUAUUAAGCAUACGAUAUCCUAUUGAACAUGGUAUUAUUCGUGACUGGAAUGAUAUGGAACGUAUUUGGGCUUAUAUAUAUGGCAAAGAUCAAUUGAUGGUCAAUAGUGAAGAACAUCCAGUUUUAUUGACAGAAGCUCCACAUAAUCCAAAAAGAAAUAGAGAGAAAAUGGCAGAAAUAUUCUUUGAAACUUUUAGUGUACCUGCGCUUUACAUUUCAAUGCAAGCGGUAUUAAGUUUAUAUUCCACUGGACGAACUACAGGUGUUGUAUUAGAUUCGGGUGAUGGUGUAACUCAUGCUGUACCUAUCUAUGAAGGUUAUGCUCUUCCACAUGCUAUUGAACGUACAGAUUUAGCUGGUCGAGAUGUAACACGUUUUUUACGUUUAUUAUUACGUAAAGAAGGUGCUGACUUUCAUACAACAUCAGAAUUUGAAAUUGUUCGCCAAAUAAAGGAACGUGCAUGUUUUAUCAGUUUAAAUCCAAGUAAAGUUGAAGCAAUGGAAGCAUUAGCUUCAUAUCCAUUACCAGAUGGUUCUACAUUAGAAAUUGGUCCAGCACGUUUUCGUGCACCAGAAUUAUUAUUUCGACCUGAUUUAAUGGGUCAAGAAUAUUUUGGUAUUCAUCAAGUAUUAGCUUAUGCCAUUCAAAAAUCCGAUAUGGAUUUAAGACGUAUGUUAUAUGAAAAUAUUGUACUGUCAGGCGGUUCGACGCUUUUCAAAGGUUUUGGUGAUCGUCUUGUUUUAGAAUUAAAACGUUUAGCUCCAAAAGAUGCACAUUUACGAAUAUCUGCACCACAAGAACGUUUAUAUUCUACAUGGAUUGGUGGUUCUAUUCUAGCAUCAUUAGAUACAUUUAAACGUAUGUGGAUAUCUAAAAGAGAAUAUGACAGUGAAGGUGCACGUGUUCUACAUCGUAAACUUCUUUAAAUGAUAAAGAAAACACAAUUAUACAUUCUUUCAUUUUUUUUAAUUGAUCAUCUCAAGUGGGAACAACAACAACAACAACAAAAGUAUUACUAACUCAAAGGAAAAUGGUUCUAUGUGUUGUGUAUAUUCAUGAAUAUAGGAUCUGUAUUUUCAUUGAACACAUGCACACACACACACACAGUAACGUCUAAUCUUUCUUGUUCUUCUCUUAUUUACUUUGACCUAUCCUACUUGUAAAACAACCAUAUUUAUUGUCAUCAUAAUGAUAGUUGGAUUAUUUGUCAUUCCUUUUAAUUGUGCGUGUGUGCGGGGGGGGGGUAGGGGUUGUUUUAUUUUUUGAAGAGACGUCCCAGUUUUUACACCAAGACCAUAAACACCGUACGUAUGUUCGUAUGUGUGUGUGCGUAUGUAUCCGUCCAUAUCUCUCACAUGUUGUUUUCUACUUUUUUUUCCUUUCCUUAACUAACAGUAACCUUCAUAUGUACUGCCAUGUGAAAAAGUGAGAGAAUUUCGGUUCUUCUCAUUUUAUUCUGUUCUAUUUUUUAUUUAUUAAAGGACCAUUUUAAUUAAGAGAAAAAAGAGAGAAAAAAUUUAAAGAAACACUCUACUUAACCUUAUCUUCUUCAUCUAUUGGUUAGUAUCCAUGGUGACUAUUUCACUGUGUUUAUUUAUGAGUUGAUUGUUUUUAUUCUAUAAAUUAAUACAAACUUUAUUCCAUUUUAAUUUUCGAGGUUAUUGUUUCUAUAUGAGAAAAUGUUCAGUAUUAUACUUAAUUCAUUUAUAUAGUUGUUGUUUUCUCUCUUCUUUGCUUCCUCUUCUUUUUUUCUUCUUGGGCUUGUCAUGUCUCUGUUUUCUUUUCUUUUUUUCUUCUUUUCUAUUUAUAAAGGUUUCAAUGGAUAUAUAUAUAAAUAUGUUCUCCGGUGUUGUGUUACUCCCCCCCCCCUGCUUGUUUAUCCUCCUCCUCUUUUUCUUUGUUAGUUUUUUCUACCGCAACAUAUGAAUUGCUUACUGUAAUCAUUCGCACACACAUACACACAAACAAACAAACAAAAGAAAACAAUAUGCUUUAAAUAUUGUGACGGAUUUACUUACUCUUGGGUAAUUCUAUUUUAUGUAUAUUCGUCUAUAUGGAUGAAUUAGCUUUUAUUUCAUUAUUACAUAAUCAUCAUAAUAAUAAUAAUCUGAUCUUUGCAUAUCUCUGUUUAAUGUCGAAAACAGUAACAACAAACAGUCUCCCUUAAAGAUAUUCUCAUUUCAUUAUAUGUAUAUGUAGGUUAUGUGUGUGAUGAAAUAUAUAUGGGUUUGAUGAGUAAA